AUGAUUGUCCGGUAUCUGUGUGCGCGGCAGAGCCGCUCGUUUCUUGCUCUCGGCCGCCGGGGUCGCUUCGUGAACAGACUUUACUCAACAGAGACGCCAGUGAUCGAGACUGAAGUGCAAACUCGGGUUGAAGACCAUCCGGCUCAGCUAGAGAGCUCUUUGCCAUCGGUCUCGGAUGAAGCUCGCAAUGCUGCCCAAGAGGCUUUCGUGAAACGCAAGACACAAGAAAGCAAGUUCCGUGAACUUGGUACUAAGGUUGCCAAUGCCUACCAGCCCGAGGAUCUCAUUCGAUUUCCCCCCAAGCCUUCGGACAUCACCCUCGAACUGCUUCUCGCCUCCCAGACACACCUCGGACACUCGACGUCUCGCUGGAACCCCCAGAACUCCCGCUACAUCUUCGGUAUCCGUGACGGCAUCCACAUUAUUUCUUUGGACGUGACCGCUGCCCACCUCCGACGUGCGGCUAAAGUGGUGGAGGAGGUCGCCGCUCGCGGUGGUCUGAUUCUUUUCGUGGGCACGCGGCCGGGCCAAAAGCGAUACGUGAUCAGGGCCGCAGAGCUGUCUCAGGCCUACCACGUCUUUGAGCGUUGGACCCCCGGCAGUUUGACCAAUGGACAGCAAAUCCUGGGUCACUGUGCCACCAAGGUUGUGAACGCUUUCGACCAGGAGCUGCCCGCCUACCGGGAGACUCUGGAGGAGAGCUCUGCUCUCAAGCCGGAUCUUGUGAUUUGCCUUAACCCCGUUGAGAACGAAGUCCUCCUGCACGAGUGUGGUGUGAACAACAUUCCUACCAUCGGUGUCGUCGAUACGGAUGCCGACCCUACAAGUGUCACCUACCCUAUUCCUUCCAACGAUGAUAGUUUGCGUGCCGUCGGCGUCAUUGCUGGAGUCCUGGGACAAGCAGGACAUGCUGGCCAGGCGAGGAGACUGGAGGCGGCUCAAAGGGGUAUUCUCACGUAUGUCCCAGCGGAAAUUCAACUGAGUGAGGCCCAGCAGGAAUUAGAAUCCAAGAACCAACAAUAA